GGUAAUAGUUUACACAGCAAAUUAGUUUCCCAUUCAACAAUUCAUGCACAAAUUAUUCUGUGACAUUGGUUACUAUCCCCACAAUGUGUCAGCACUCUCCCCAUUUUCACCCUGGCUUCCCUGUUUCCAUCCAUCCAGUUUCCCUCCUCCUCUUUGCCUCCUUAUCUUUCCUUUGGGGCAAAUGUUGCCUGUUUGAUCCCCUAUGGUUGAUUAUUCUAAGGAGCACAUUCCUCACGGGUGUUAUUGUUAAUUUUAUAGGACAAUCUAUUAUUUGGCCAAAAGGUGACUUCUGUUCCAGAUUAAAAGGGUGUCUUAGGGUGCCAAUUAAAUCACUGCUCUUAUUUCUCUAGGGUAUAUUCCUAAGAGUGGGAUUGCUGGAUCAUAUGGUAUUUCUAUUUCUAGUGUUUUGAGGAAGUGUCAUACCAUUUUCCAUAGUGGUUGUACCAUUUUACAAUUCCAUCAGCAGUGUAUGAGUUCCAAUCUACCCAUAGCCUCACUAGCACUUGUUAUUUUCUGUUUUUUUGAGCAGUGCUAUUUUUAUAGGGGUGAGAUGAUAUCUCAUUGUGGUUUUGAUUUGCACCUCUCCAAUCGACUUGACAGCACUGGGUUUGGUUUGGUUUUUUUGAUGGCUAAUGGGAAACCCUGGUAGAGCAGUGCUUAAGUGCUAUGGCUGCUAACCAAAGGGUCAGAAGUUUAAAUCCGGCAGGCGCUCCUUGGAAACUCUAUGGGGCAUUUCUACUCUGUCCUAUAGAGUUGCUAUGAGUUGGAAUCGACUUGACAGCACUGGGUUUGGUUUGGUUUGGUAAUGGCUAAUGGGAGUCCUGCUGGAUCAGUGGUUAAGAGGUCAGCUGCUAACCAAAAGGUCAGCAGUUUGAAUUUACUAGCAGCUCCUUGGAAACUCUAUGUGGCAGUUCUACUCUGUCCUACAGGGUUGCUAUGAGUCGGAAUUGAUUCAGCAGCAGUGGGUUUGGUUUUUGGUUUUAAUAGCUAAUGAUCGUGAGCAUCUCUUCAUGUGUUUAUUAGCCACCUGAAUGUCUUCUUCGGUGAAGUGUCUGUUCAUGUCAUUUGCCCAUUUUUUUGAUUGGAUUGUUUGUCUUUUUAUUGUUGAGAUAUUGAAGUUUUCUAUAUAAUUUAGAGAUUAAACCCUUGCCAGAUGUGUCAUUGCCAAAAUUUUUUUUCCUAGUCUGGAGAUUCUCUUUUUACUCUUUUGGUAAAGUCUUUUGAUGAGCAUAAGUAUUUAAUUUUAGCAGCUCCCAGUUAUCUAGUUUAUCUUCUGUUGCUUGCGCAUUUUUAGUUAUGUUUGAUAGUGUAUUUAUGCCAUAAAUUAGUACUCCUAGCUUUGUCCCUAUGUUAUCUUCCAGAGACUUUAUAGUUUUAGGUUUAACGUUUAGGCCUUUGGUCCAUUUUGAGUUUGGUUUUGUGUAUGCUGUCAGUUAUGGAUUCUGUUUCAUUUUUCUGCAAAUGGAUAUCCAGUUUUGCCAGUUAAAGAAACUACCUCUUCCCUACUGAAUGGACUUUGACCUUUUAUUUGAAGCUCAGCUGUGCAUAGCUGGAUGAAUUUACUUCUAGGUCUCAAUUCUGUUCCAUUAGUUUCUGUGUCUGUCAUUGUACCAGUACCAGGCUGUUUUGAUUACUGUGGCUGGAUAGUAAAUUCUGAGUUGGAGAAGUGUGAGGCCUGCUACUUUGUUCUUCUCCUUCAAUAAUGCUUUAGCUAUUCAGGCCUCUUUCUAUAUAAAGUUGGACGUUAGUUUUUCCAUUUCAUUAAAGGGUAUUGUUGGGAUUUUGAUCAGGGUUGUAUUAUAUCUAUAGAUUGCUAUAUGUAGUAUUGACAUUUUCACAAUGUUAAGUUUUCCAAUCCAUGAGCAUUGUAUGUUUUUUCAUUUAUGUAGGUCUCUUGGUUUCUUGCAGUAGUGUUUUGUAGUUUUCAUUGUGUUAAGUCUUUUACACCUCUUGUUAGAUUUAUUCUAGGUAUUUUAUCCUUUUGGGGGCUAUUAUAAGUAGUAUUGUUUACUUGAUUUCCUCUUCAGAGGUUUCCUUGUUAGUGUAGAGCAAAAAUUCAACUGAUUUUUGUAUGUUGAUCUUGUACCCUGCCCCUUUGCUGAAACCUUCCAUUAAUUCCAGUAAGUUUCUUGUGGAAUCUCUGGGGCUUUCUAUGUAUAGGAUCACAUCAUCUGUGAAUUAGGGAUAGUUUUAUUUCUUCCUUAUCAAUUUGGAUGCCCUUUAUUUCCAUUUCUUGCCUUACUGCUCUAGCUAGGAUUUCCAGUACAAUAUUGAAUAAGAAUGGUGAUAAAGGGCAUCCUUGUCUCAUUCCUCUUCUCAAGAGGAAUGCUUUCAAUCUCUCUCUUUUGAGAAUAACAUUGGCUAUUGGUUUUUUUUUUUAUUAUUAUUGGUUUUGUAUAUAUGUCAUUAAUUAUGUUGAGGAAAUUCCCUUUUGUUGACAGUUUUUAUCAGGAAAGGGUGUUGGAUUUUAUCAGAUGCCUAUUCUUCACUGAUUGACAUAAUCAUGUGAUACUUUCCCUUUUACGUGGUAAAUUGUUGUUGUCUUUAGGUGCUGUAGAGUUGGUUCCGACUCAUAGUGACCCUAUGCACAACAGAACGAAACACUGCCCAGUCCUGUGCCAUCCUUAGAAUCGUUGUUAUGCUUGAGCUCAUUGUUGCAGCCACUCUGUCAAUCCACCUCGUUGAGGGUCUUCCUCUUUUCUGCUGACCCUGUACUCUGCCAAACAUGAUGUCCUUCUCCAGGGACUGAUCCCUCCUGACAACAUGUCCAAAGUAUGUAAGACGCAGUCUCGCCAUCCUUGCCUCUAAGGAGCAUUCUGGCCGCACUUCCUCCAAGACAGAUUUGUCCGUUCUUUUGGCAGUCCGUGGUAUAUUCAAUAUUCUUCGCCAACACCACAAUUCAAAGGCAUCAGUUCUUCUUUGGUCUUCCUUAUUCAUUGUCCAGCUUUCACAUACAUAUGAUAUGAUUGGAAAUACCAUGGCUUGGGUCAGGCGCACCUUAGUCUUCAAGGUGACGUCUUUGCUCUUCAACACUUUGAAGAGGUCCUUUGCAGCAGAUUUACUCAAUGCAAUGCGUCUUUUGAUUUCUUGACUGCUGUUCCCAUGGCUGUUGAUUGUGGAUCCAAAUAAAAUGAAAUUCUUGACAACUUCAAUCUUUUCUCUGUUUAUCAUGAUGUCCCUUAUUGGUCCAGUUGUGAGGAUUUUUGUUUUCUUUAUGUUGAGGUGUAAUCCAUACUGAAGUCUGUGGUCUUUGAUCUUCAUGAGUAAGUGCUUCAAGUCCUCUUCACUUUCAGCAAGCAGAGUUGUGUCAUCUGCAUAACGCAGAUUGUUAAUGAGUCUUCCUCCAAUCCUGAUGCCCCAUACUUCUUCAUAUAGUCCAGCUUCUUGUCUUAUUUGUUCAGAAUACAGAUUAAAUAGGUAUGGUGAAAGAACACAACCCUGGUGCACACCUUUCCUGACUUUAAAUCAACCAGUAUCCCCUUGUUCUGUCCAAAGAACUGCCUCUUGAUCUGUGUAAAGGUUCCUCAUGAGCACAAUUAAGUGUUCUGGAAUUCCCAUUCUUCGCAGUGUUAUCCAUAGUUUGUUAUGAUCCACACAGUCGAAUGCCUUUGCAUAGUCAAUAAAACACAGGUAAACAUCUUUCUGGAGUUCUCUUCUUUCAGCCAGGAUCGAUCUGACAUCAGCACUGAUAUCCCUGGUUCCACGUCCUCUUUUGAAACCAGCCUGAAUUUCUGGCAGUUCCCUGUAGAUACACUGCUGCAGCCAUUUUUGAAUGAUCUUCAGCAAAAUUUUGCUUGCGUGUGAUAUUAAUGAUAUUGUUCUAUAAUUUCCACAUUCGGUUGGAUCACCUUUCUUGGGAAUAGGCAUAAAUAUGGAUCUCUUCCAGUCAGUUGGCCAGGAAGCUGCCUUCCAUAUUUCUUGGCAUAGACAAGUGAACACCUCCAGUGCUGCAUCUGUUUGUUGAAACAUCUCAAUUGAUAAUCCAUCAAUUCCUGGAUCCUUGUUUUCCGCCAAUGCCUUCAGAGCAACUUGGACUUCUUCCUUCAGUACCAUUGGUUCCUGAUCAUAUGCCACCUCUUGAAAUGGUUGAAUAUCGACUAAUUCUUUUUGGUAUAAUGACUCUGUGUAUUCCUUCCAUCUUCUUUUGAUGGUUCCUGCGUCGUUUAAUAUUUUCCCCAUGGAAUCCUUCACUAUUGCAACUCAAGGCUUGAAUUUUUUCUUCAGUUCUUUUAGCUUGAGAAACACUGAGUGUGUUCUUCCCUUUUAGUUUUCCAUCCCCAGCUCUUUGCACAUGUCAUUAUAAUACUUUGUCUUCUCGAGAGGCCCUUUGAAAUCUUCUGUUCAGUUCUUUUACUUCAUCAAUUCUUCCUUUUGCUUUAGCUGCUUGACGCUCAAGAGCUACUUUCAGAGUCUCCUCUGACAUCCAUCUUGGUCUUUUCUUUCUUUCCUGUCUUUUCAUGACCUCUUGCUUUCUUCAUGGAUGAUGUCCUUAAUGUCAUUCCACAACUCAUCUGGUCUUUGAUCACUAGUGUCCAAUGCGUCAAAUCUAUUCUUGAGAUGGUCUCUAAAUUCAGGUGGGAUAUACUCAAGAUCAUGUUUUGGCUUUCGUGGACUUGCUCUGAUUUUCUUCAGUUUCAGCUUGAACUUGCAUAUGAGCAAUUGAUGGUCUGUUCCACAGUCAGCCCCUGGCCUUGUUCUGACUGAUGAUAUUGAGCUUUUCCAUCAUCUCUUUCCACAGAUGUAGUCAAUUUGAUUUCUGUGUGUUCUGUCUGGCGAGGUCCAUGCGUAUAGUUACCGUUUAUGUUGGUGAAAGAAGGUAUUUGCAAUGACGAAGUCGUUGGUCUUGCAAAAUUCUAUCAUUUGAUCUCCGGCAUUUUUUCUAUCACCAAGGCUAUAUUUUCCAACUACUGAUCCUUCUUCUUUGUUUCCAACUUUCAUGUUCCAAUUGCCAGUAAUUAUCAAUGCAUCUGGAUUGCAUGUUUGAUCAAUUUCAGACUGCAGCAGCUGAUAAAAAUCUUCUAUUUCUUCAUCUUUGGCCCUAGUGGUUGGUGCGUAAAUUUGAAUAAUAGUUGUAUUAACUGGUCUUCCUUGUAGGUGUAUUGAUAUUAUCCUAUCACUGACAGUGUUGUCCUUCAGGAUAGAUCUUGAAAUGUUCUUUUUGAUGAUGAAUGUGACACCAUUCCUCUUCAAGUUGUCAUUCCCAGCAUAGUAGACUAUAUGAUUCUCCAAUUCAAAAUGGCCAAUACCGGUCCAUUUCAGCUUACUAAUGCCUAGGAUAUCAAUGUCUAUGCGUUCCAUUUCAUUUUUGACGAUUUCCAAUUUUCCUAGAUUCAUACUUCGUACAUUCCAGGUGCCGAUUAUUAAUGGGUGUUUGCAGCUGUUUCUUCUCAUUUGGAGUGGUGAAUUACAUUGAUUGAUUUUCUAAUGUGGAACCACUCUUGCAUCCUUGCUAUGAGUCCCACCUGAUCAUGAUGUAUUAUGAUUUUGAUACAUCGUCAUGUUCUGUUGGCUAAAAUUUUGUUGUGAAUUUUUGCAUUUAUAUUCAUGAAUGAUAUUUGUCUGUGAUUUUCUUUUUUUGUGGUGUCUUUGCUUGGCUUUGGCAUCAUAGUUAUACUGGCUUCAUGGAAGAAUUAUGGAGUAUUCCUUCCUUUUCUGUGUUCUGGAAUAUCUUGAGUGAAAUCGGGGUCAACUCUUUUCUGAAUGUUUGGUAGAAUUCUACAGUGAAGUCAUCUGGGCUGGGACUUUAUUCUUGUUUUGGGGAGUUUUUUAAUGACAUCUUCAAUUUCUUCUGUUAAGGGUCUAUUUAGGUUUUCUACCUCUGUAUUAGUUUAGGUACUUAGCGUGUUUUUACAAAUUUGUCCAUUCUUCUAGGUUUUCAAAUUUGUUAGAGUAAAAUUUUCAUAAUAUCCUGUUAUGAUGCUCUUUAUUUUAGUUGGUUCUGUUGUAAUGUCAACUGUUUAAUUUCUUCUUUUAGUUAUUUGCAUCUUUUCAUUUUGUUCCUUUGUCAAUCUGGCAGGCAGUGUAAGCAUGCAUUGCUGUUCUCUGGGCAUGCGGGGUGGCUGGAGGUGGGCUGGGCAGGUGCAGGCCACUUCCUGUCAUUGGUCCAGUGGUGUGUGGGAGCAUGGGGUGAUGCUCACUGGUGAGUGGGGUGGCAGGUGGGGGUGUGUGUCAGGCAAUCGGCAGGGCAGGCACACACUGCCACUUGUUGGGUGGGUGGGGUGGCAUGCCAGGGGAUGUGGUGGAUGACCAGGGACACGGGAGCACUCUCUACUGCUUGCUUGUUGGCAGUUUCUCCUUCCCAACAGUGUUCUAUCUAAUUCUUUUUCCCUCCACUUGAUGCUCGGGGUUCCAGGGUUCCAGGGUUCCAGUCAUUUGUAUCUAUUUCACUUAGUUUCUCAGGUCUUUGCUGUAGGGGGACAGCAUAGUGUGUCUGACUAAGCCUCCAUCUUGGGUCAUCUUAACCUCUUCUUAACAACUCUCUUGACUUUUGUGAGUCUAUAUCUUCCUAGUUUCCUUCCAACUUUCCUGGAAAUGCUUCUUAAUAUCCUUAUCUAAUUUUUCAUCUGCUCUCAGAUCUCAAAGUGAUGAAAGACCUCAGAAUUUGGUCUUGUGUGUUUUCUCUAUUCUUAGGCUAUCUUUUAUACUCUUAUACAUUGAAAUCUCAUCUAUAUGCUGACAACUACCAAGCAUGCAUCUUUAGCCUGAAAGUCACAGAACUAUGGACUCCCACUUGAUAUUCAGAUGUCUUAUAGGUAUCUCAAACUUAACACAUCCAAAACAGAACACUUAAUUUAUACUACCCUUCCCCCACUCAAGCCUAGCCCUACGUCAGUCACCACCAUACAACUAAGUGUCACCACCUUCUACGAAGUUGUUCAAACCAGAACCUGUUAAGGACCACACUUGAACUACAGAAGCAGACUGGAGCACUGAAGAAUUGCAGUGCCCUGUAGAGAAGAGCAAUCCUCACCCCACCUGACAGCUAAUGAGGCUGACUAGAUUGGAGGCUUUCAUGAGGAAGGAGGGGUCAGUUCCCAUAGUGUCAACACAACAAGAAUCCAGGCAGCUCAGACUGUCUGCCAGCACAGAGUUCCUUGGAUUUCAAACCAGAGAUUGUUUUUUGCCAUGGAAUUGACCAAAAUGUCAGAUAUGACAAAGCUCCACCAAGCUGUGGCUGCAGGAGACUACAAUUUAGUGAAAAAGAUUUUGAAGAAAGGUCUCUGUGACCCAAACUACAAGGAUGUGGACUGGAAUGACCGGACCCCACUUCACUGGGCUGCCAUCAAAGGGCAAAUGGAGGUGCUGCACCUGCUGAUAGAAUACGGAGCCAGGCCCUGCCUGGUGACUGAUGUGGGCUGGACCCCAGCUCAUUUUGCAGCUGAGUCCGGCCACCUGAAUGUGCUCAAAGCUCUGCAUGCCUUGCACGCCGCCAUUGACGCCCCCGACUUCUUUGGAGACACGCCCAGGAGGAUUGCACAGAUCUACGGGCAGAAAACGUGUGUGGCAUUCCUGGAGAAGGCAGAGGCUGAGUGCAGGGACCACCGCCACAUCGCUCAGCAGAACGGGCUGCCGCUAGAUCAGCGGGAUGAAGACUGGGACGCCAAGAAAACAGAACUGGAGCAGUCUCUUCCUUCCUCAAGUCAAAGCACUAAUAAAAAGAAUAAGAAAAGUCAAGGGCCUGCCAGGCCCCGUAAUCACAAGGGGAGGAGAGUGUGAGCAGCUGAAACAGUUUUGAAGCAGUCCAAGGGACUCGAACCUGUUUUUUCUCGCAAGGGAUUUUCCCUGGCACCACACUAGAGAUUGUUAGAAGUGUGUUGCCUUUAUGUGAUUUUACUUGUAGGCUGUUACCCAGCCACUUCUUCAGCAGGUCCUGACCUGUCAGUUGAUCUGGAAGUCUGGCCUGGGUGUUCUCAUAUGGGUGUUGCCUCCAUGCUAAUGCCUGCUGUCCACAAGAAUUGCCAAAACCAAAACCAAACCCGCUGCCAUCUUGUCAAUUCAAGUGCAUGACUGACUACCCCAUGUGUUACAGAGUGGAACUUUACUUCACGGGGUUUUUCAAGGCCAUGAUCUUUCGGAAGCAGAUUGUCAGACCCGUCUUCUGUGGUGCAACGGGGUUGUUUCAAGAUACCAACCUUUAGGUUAGUGUUGUUGUUAGGUGCUGUCAAGUCAAUUGCAACUUAUAGCAACCCUAUAUACAAUAGAAUGAACACUGACCAGUCCUGCGCCAUCCUCACAAUCAUUGUUAUGUUUAAUCCCAGUGGUGUAGCCACUGUGUCAAUCUAUCUUGUGGAAGGUCUUCCUCUUUUUCGCGGACCCUCUACUUUAUCAAGCAUGAUGUCCUUCUCCAGGGACUGGUCCCUCCUGAUGACAUGUCCAAAGUAUGUGAGAUGAAGUCUCACCAUCUUGCUUCUAAUGAGCACUCUGGUUGUACUUCUUCCAAGACAGAUUUGUUUGUUCUUUUGGCAUCCAUGAUAUAUUCAAUAUUCUUCACCAACACCACAAUUCAAAGGUGUCAAUUCUUCUUUCUUCCUUAUUCAUUGUCCAGCUUUCACAUGCACAUGAGGCAAUUGAAAACACCAUGGCUUGGGUCAAGUGCACCUUAGUCCUUAAAGAGACAUCUUUGCUUUUUAACACUUAGGUUAAUAGUCUGGUACAAACCGCUUAUACCACCCAGGGACGUACAAGAAUUAUCAGGAGGGGACCAAUGUCAGCUACUUGCAUUUUGUCAUCAGAUUCGCACUGUAUCUUCUGACACUUCCCCAAUAUGCAAUGCAAAAAAAAAGUAACAACAAAUCUCAAAAAUUCUCAUUAUAUGCAUUUUAGUCAAUCUAUAAAAAAAGAAAUAUUCACUAUCACAUAGACCAAGCAAAGAAGUGAACAAAAUGGAUUUUCUGCUUUCCAGCUAUUUUGUGGGCAUUUUCCCUAUGAUACGUCUGCCUAAGAUGAAUAGUCAGGGCAUCGGAACAGCUCAGUGGGAAAAACCCUGAGAUGAAUUAAUUUCAUCUCACAUAACUAAUUAAAGAAAGCAUAAAAUAAUGAAAACUGUGGCUGCAGAUCUAUUUUUUAAGUUGUACUUUUAUGAAAUCAAAAUACAGAUCAGGUGUUUCCAAUGAAAAUACAGCAUCCAAAUGGAGAUGUGCAAUGAAUAUAAAAUACUCAUCAGAUUUUGAAGGCUUAGUACAAAAGAUCAUGUAAAAUAUCAUUAAUAACAUUUCAUAUUGAUUAUACAUUGCAGUGAUACUAUUUUGGAUAUUGAGUUAAAUAAAAUAUAUUAUUAAAUUGAAUUUUCCCUCUACUAUUUCACUUCUUAAAAAAUGUGACUACUAGAAGUUUAAAAUUUCUAAAAUCUUUUGGCUUGCAUUUUAAUUCUAUGGACAGCAUUGUUAUAGAACACAGACAACAUUUAAAGCCUCCCUGACGAGGUUGGUCUGGUAUAUUUGACUUUAAUUGGGUACUCCACAUUCUAGUACGAAUUUCCCUGUCUAUAUCUCCAGCCACUUAACCUAUUUAUUACACAUUCCUCUAUUAAUGCUUGUGUUAGUACAGGUUAUGUCUGGCUUGAAUUUUCCGAAAGGACAAAAAUGCUUGAACAUCUUAGAAGAAAGUAGUGUAGCUAGAGGGAAUACCUUUUCUAGUGCUUAUUUACCCCCUGAGCAUCAAUACCCUUUCUCUAUGCUCUGCAAUUCACAGGGCUGGUUCCUAGUUGCCAUGGUUGUUUUAGUCCUCAGUGACUGGAUCAGGGGAAAACAUCUAACUGAAACUGGGCCAAUAAGAUUCUUCUCCUGGGAACUUGAAGAGAAGUCUUCAUGAGAUGUUGGGCCGGUAGCAUACAACUUCAAAAGUGUGGAGUGGCCAAAUUAUACAAUGGGGCUUAGGUGGCAUUAAAAAAACAAAAGAACCUGUUGCCAUCGAGUCAAUUCCGACUCAUAGCAACCCUACAGGAGAGUGGCUAAGAGCUACAGCUGCUACCCAAAAGGUCAGCAGUUUGAAUCCACCAGGCUGUCCUUGGAAACCAUAUGGGACAGUUCUACUCUGUCCUACAGGAUCACUAUGAGUUGGAAUCGACUUGAUGGCAGUGGAUUUGGGUUUAAGACUCUGUAUUAAGCACUUUACACAUAUCAUAUCUAAUCUGCAUGACACAUCUGCAAGCAGGUAUCAUUAUCCCUAAUUGACAUAUAACUGAGGUUCUGAGAGGUUAAGUAACUUGCCGUAAAGUCACCUGGCUGCUGUUGCAACACAGGUGUCAAACUUUAAAGCCUGCCUGGAUUUGGACAGAGCUCUGACCCUUCAGGCUGUGGCACCUUGGGCAGAUUGCUUAACUUCUAGUUUCCCCAUAUGCAAACUGGGAUAAUAACAGUGUGUAUUGCAUGGGGUAUUGUUAUUGUGUACCCUCGAGUCGAUUCUGGCUCAUAGCAGCCCCGUAUGACAGAGUAGAACUGCCCCAUAGGGUUUCCUAGCCUGUAAGCUUUAUGGAAGGAGAUUGCCAGCUCUUUUCUUCCGCGGAGCCUCUGGGGGGGCUCGAACCACUGACCUUUCGGUUUACAGUCCAGUGCUUAAACUUUGCACCACCAGGGCUCCUUCUACAGGGUGUGGUGAGGAUUAAAUAAGAGCUUCUAUGUUAAGCUCUCCGAAAAGCAGGAGCUGUGCAUAUACUUUUUUGGUUUUCCCCAUAGGACUUAGCACUACGCUGAGCACAUGUUAUACUCAAUACACAGUUCUUGACUGAAUUAAAGUCACUAAGUAUUUUCUCUGGGAGCAUUGGUAGUUCAGGAGUAGAGUUCUCACCUUCCAUCAGGAGACCUGGGCCAAUGCACUUCAUGUGCUGCCACCACCAAUCUGUCACCGGAGGCUUGCAUAUUGCUAUGAUGCUGGGCAUGAAGAAAGGCCUGACAGUUCACUUCUGAAAAUAAGCCAGUGAAAACCCUAUGAAUCACAAUGAUUCAAUUCACGAACCGAUCAUGGACGUGGCACAGCAUUUUGUUCUCCUGUGCAUGGGGCCACCAUGAGUUGGGGUCAACUUGACGGCAGCCAAUGACAACAACAGCAAGUAUUUUCUAGAUGAGAAUGAGGAAAGAUUUUUCCCCCCAUACUAUGAAAAUAACCUCAAAGAACAUGUACCAAAGUAUGUGAAAAUUAAGGAUGACGUUCUCUGCAACUUGAUGAGCUUUAACCUUUCCGUCUUCCAAGCCUAAUCUUCAGGCACAGGUUUCAUUUUAACUUUAGUUGCUGAGCUGAUUGCAGAGGCAAAUAAUAGACGCAUUGAUCCUAGGCCAGGUGUUUUGUAUCAAUCUCUUCAAAACAUCAUACUAAUCCUGUAAGUUAAAUAUGUUUCGAGAUAAAGAAAUGGAAGUUUAGUGAAGUCAUUUGUCUGAAAUCAAGCCACCAAUAAAUUACUGAUGCAAGUAAUUCAGCUGCACCCUUGAUUACUUGAGCCAAUUCUUUUACAGUUCUCAUGGGCUAAUUUUUUUUUUGAUUUAGCUGGGUUCUUCAUUCUCAGUCUUUAUCCAAAGUGUUCCUGGGAAACUUGACAUUUCUGAUCUCAGUUUUCUUUUCUAUAAAUAUAGCAUUCACAGAUGACACGGCUCUCUAGCUAGUAAAUCCCAAAGGAUCCGUAUUAAAAAAAAAAAAAAGUUAUUAUAACUAGUUAUGUCACUGGAUUGCAAACAUGCCAGUGAGGGCUUUGAAAGAGUAAUGCUUAAAAAAUAACUAAAAGAAACCAAUUGUUCUUACAAAAUAGGACUGACCUAACUCAAACAUCAAAUUUUUACUUUGGCUGAAAUUGUACCAAUUUAGUAAGACAACCCUUGUUCCUCUAUGCUAAUCUGACUCUGACUGCUGGUUUGACACAGUUUUUGAUGAAUAAAAGUUGGGGAAACCUAAGAACAUUAAAAGGAGCCCUGGUGGAACAGUGGUUAAGAGCUCAGGCUGCUGACCAAAAAGUGGGCAGUUUGAAUCCACCAGCCAUUCCUUGGAAACUCUAGGGGACAGUUCUGGGUUGCUAUGAGUCAGAAUUGACUCCAGGGCACACAACAACAACAACAAAGACAUUAAAAGGUUAAUAAGAGAAUACUACAAACAACUCCAUGCCCAUAAUUUGACAACUUUUAGGAAAUGGAAAGAUUCCUUGAAAGCAAAAUUUACCAAAGCUCACUAAAGAAGAAACAGAUAACCUAAAUAGUUCUGUACCUAUAUGAAAAUUGAAUUUGUAGUUAAAAAUCACCCAACAUAGAAAAUCCCAUACCUAGAUGUCUUCACUGGCAAAUUCUACCAGCCAUUUAAGAAAGAAUAAAUACCAAUUCUAUAUAAACUCUUCCAGAAAAUAGGAGGAAACACUUGCCAACUCAUUUUAUGAUGUCAGCAUUACUCUGAUGCCACAAGCAGACAAAAAUAUUACAAGAAAACAAAUAAACCAAUAUCCCACAAGAAUGCAGACACAACAAUCCUCAACCAAACACUAGCAAAUCCAAACCAUCAAUAUAUAAAAAAGGAUAAUACAUCAUAGACAAGCUAAUUCUAAAAUUUAUAAGAAAAAACAAAGGAACUAGAAUAGUCAAAACUAUUUAGAAAAAGAAGAAUAAAAUUGGAAGACUCAUACUACCUGAUUUCAUAGCUCACAACAAUCAAGACAGUGUGGUUUUGGUUAAAAAAAAAAAAAAAAAGACAUACAGAUUAGUGGAAUGGAAUAAAGAGCCCAGAAAUACAUACAAAUAUAGUCGAUUGAUUUCUGAUACAGGCGACAAGGAAAUAAAAUGAAGGAAGGAAAAUCUUCUCGAUGAAUCAUACUGGAGCAACUGGAUAUUCAUAUGCAAUAAAAUGAGCCUCAACUCAUACUUCAUACCAAAUAUAAAAAUUAACACAGAAAGGAUCAUACAAAUGAAAAUAAAAUGCAAAACUACAAAACUUCUAAAAGAGAAUAAAGAAAAAAAUAUUACUUUUGAUAAGGCCAAAUUUCUUAGAUAUGAUGCCAAAAGCAUGAUUCAUAAUAGAAAAAAUCUGCUUUUCAAGGAUACUGUUAAGGAAAUGAAAAGACAAGCCACAAACUUGGAGAAUAUCUUUGUAAAACAUAUAUUGAAGAAAAGAAUUGUAUACGGAGUAUAUUUUUUAAAAAGCUCAAAACUCAAUAAUAAUAAAACAAUCCAGUUUACAAAGGGGCAAAAGAUUUGACAGCCAAUUUACCAAAGAAGAUACAAGGAUGUCAAAUAAGCACAGGAAAAGAUAUUAAAUCUCAUUAGUCAUAAGGGAAAUGCAAAUUAAAACCACAAUAAGAUAUCACUAACCACAAACAAAAAACACCCAUUGCCAUCUGCCAAGAAGCCACUGUGGGUUCCAAUCGCUGACCUUUCAGUUAGCAGCUGAACGUUUAACCACUGCACCACCAGGGCUCCUUGAGAUACCACUACACACCUGUUACAACAAAAACAAAGCAAAACAAACAAACAAAAUAAAUAAACUGACAAUACCAAGUGCUAACAAGGAUGCAAAGCAACUGGAACUCCCAUACUUUGCUGGUGGGAAUACAAGAUGGCAAAGCUGCUUUGGAAAACUUCUUGGCCAUUUAUUCUUAAGUGAAAUAUACACUUACCAUAUGAUUUAGUAAUCUGAAGC